CGACGUACCCCGCGGCGCGCAGAUCCGGCGACGGGUGCCCGGCGCGGACUGCGGUAGCCGCGGCGGCGUGGUGUGACGCUGGUGUUUGCUGGCGGCCGGAGGCGACGACGCGGGACCGACAUGGAAGUUGCCUGGGACGCGAGACCCAGUGCGACUUGACCUGGCGGCCUUUCAGUGUGCCUGCUCCCUCCCUCAUUCAUUUCCUGGCGUGUUUUGGGUCACCGUGGGGAGCUCGGCCCGGUGUCCCAGCGUGUAAAGCCCCGCGUCCGCCCUGGAAGUACUUGCAGAAAAGAUGGGAAGGAUGCCAAUUCUGCGCUGCUCAGUAACUACGAGGUGUUCCAGUUACUGACUGAUCUGAAAGAGCAACGGAAAGAAAGUGGAAAGAACAAACACAGUUCUGGGCAACAGAACUUGAAUACUAUCACAUAUGAAACUGAAGUUACGGCUUUUGGGGAAGAAUGCCACAGAAGAGAUGUGCCCUUCUCAUUGCAUGGUACAGGACAUUAAAAUAUAUAUCAAAAACACCAUGCAGGCACCAGAGUCCUGAGAUUGUUAGAGAAUUUCUCACAGCAAUGAAAAGCCACAAGUUGACGAAAGCCGAAAAGCUUCAGCUGCUGAAUCACAGGCCUAUGACUGCUGUUGAGAUCCAGCUGAUGGUAGAAGAGAGUGAAGAACGGCUCACAGAGGAGCAGAUCGAAGCCCUCCUCCACACGGUCACAAGCAUUCUGCCUGCAGGGCCAGAGGCUGAACAGAAGAAAAACACGGGUGACGUGGCGAUGGAUGAAGAGGACCCAGCAUAGAGGACACAGCCGGCCUAACCGCCUCAUGAAACUGAAAAGCCCAGCAGCCAUUUCUCAGCUAUCCAGAGGAUUGUUCAAUUGGUCUUACCCUCUAUCCCAACAGGCCUGAUUUCAUGGUUGGUUGGAGAAAUCACAAAAAUAAGCUAAAAAGAAGUACUCGUGCCUCUGGGAGAUGAAACAUGGUGAAGACAGACUGAGGCUGUCAGGGCAGAGAGCUAGAGAGAGGACAGAGUCAAAGAGGACAAUGACUGUGCAGCCCUCUGUGGUAAAAAUAUUUCUUCUGUGGCCUUUGCCUCAGUGGCGGGCAGGGCCCCGUACACAGCUGCUGGAACCCUUGUGUUGCCUUUGAUGGGCUAUGUCCUAAUGAGUUUCAUCUGCUUCCCUAGGAGCUUCCCAGACAGGGGCGCCGAGCGCUGUUGGGGCGAGAGCUGAGUGAGGAGAAUCCGGUUAGAUGGCUAGAAACUCCCAGAGCGGCACAUAGUUGCUCUAGGUCAGAAGGAGCCACUGAACUUGGCUCACCUUAGAGGCAGCUUGUCCUCGAGAACAUCGAAGAUGAGAGAAGAGCUGCCUGGCCAACCCUUCCUCAGGUCUGCUGGCAGGGGUGUUCUUUACCAGCUCACUGUUCAGUCUGAGGUGUUAGGGCGCCAGCCCCUUCCAGUUGAAAAGCAGCCCAGCAGACUGCGGACAGGGGCGACAGAAGUCCUGCCUCGGCUGCCUUUCCGAUCACCUGCCAUCUCCUGCCCUGAGACAGGAGCCCUGGGCGCUCGCCGCCUCUUGAGCCCAGGUGAGCUUCACUUGCACAAGGGGCAGCUUGUUUGCAUCUUUGGAAAGGGCUCAGAUAGGGACGGGAUAUGAAGAACCAGAGGUUGAUUAGUAAGAAUUUGAAUUUGUUGGCUAUGGCAAGGUUGCAUCCGUUUUUCAGUUUCAAAUAUUAGGACAAUGACCAUGUGAAAAGCUUGCUGAUACUGAGGCUUUGGAGAGUUCAGUAGCUCCAGACGUGUGGUUGCCUUAGGUCCUAGGAAUAUUGCUGAAAAUUAAUUUCCCACAU